UUCGGGAAUUGCGUAAUGUGGGAGUCAUCAACCAAAAUAGACGUAAUCGACGAUCGUGAUCGGUUAAACAAUAAUUUUUCGACCUCAUACAAAACAGCGUAAUCCGCGUUUAUUACGAUCAUGUAUUGAUAUUGUUUUACUAUCAUAUCGUUAUGUGAUAUUUCAUACGCGAAGGACGUGUACAACAUAUAUAAUGGAAAAUGAAAGUAAGCGUUCCUCUAUCUACAUGUAUCAAACAUAAUAAGAGCUGUAGAUAAGAUAUCGGAGGUUUUUAGCCGACUUGUUUCGCCUGUGUGUCCUGGAAGGAUUGUAAAACACCGAAAAGUUGAUGUAACAUGGCUGCCAGUACUGUUCCAUUAGACUCCCAUAAUGCAACGCUCCUCAAUGAACUUGAGAUUGGGGAUAUGGUGGAAUUUCCGAGAGGCUGGUAUUCACACUGGGGUGUAUAUAUAGGUAAAGGAAAGAUUGUGCAUCUGUCAGGAGGGGACAAUGACGGUAUCAAUGCCUCUAACUCAGGGAGUGUUUUUACCAUCUGUGGGAAGAGAUUCAACAAAGCCUGGGUGAGGGUGGAUGACUUUUGCAAAGUUGUCCUUGGCUGUCAAGCAAGAAAAAACAAUGGAAAGGACAGGAAGUGCAGGCCCCGCCAAGCACACGAAAUGGUACGGAUAGCACUGGACAUGGUUGGUGAGAUAGGUUACAACGUACUGUGGCAUAACUGUGAACACUUUGCAGCUUUCAUUAGAUAUGGAGAAAAGUGGUCAGAGCAGGCUGAUACUGCUUUAGCCUGGACCGUUGGAGCUGGUGCAGUUGCAGUGCUUGGAUUUUUCGUUCGCAGUCUCUUCCAAGGGGAAAAGGAGAAUGCAAAGCAGUAGUGACUGUUAGAAAUGAUGUUAGUAACCCAGGGCACUGUUUAGCUAUAUAUCUUAGUAACCCAGGUCACCUACAGGGUUGUUGAGCUGUAUAUUUUAGUAACCGAGGUCACCUACAGGGUUGUUGAGCUAUGUAUUUCAGUAACCCAGGGCACUUACAGGGUUGUUGAGCUAUAUAUUUUUAGUAACCCAGGUCACCUACAGGGUUGUUGAGCUAUGUAUUUCAGUAACCCAGGGCACGUACAGGGUUGUUGAGCUAUGUAUUUCAGUAACACCAGGUCACCUACAGGGUUGUUGAACUAUAUAUUUUAGUAACCCAGGUCACCUACAGGGUUGUUGAGCUAUGUAUUUCAGUAACCCAGGGCACUUACAGGGUUGUUGAGCUAUAUAUUUUAGUAACCCAGGUCACCUACAGGGUUUUUGAGCUAUGUAUUUCAGUAACCCAGGUCACCUACAGGGUUGUUGAUCUAUAUAUUUUAGUAACCGAGGUCACCUACAGGGUUGUUGAGCUAUGUAUUUCAGUAACCCAGGGCACUUACAGGGUUGUUGAGCUAUAUAUUUUUAGUAACCCAGGUCACCUACAGGGUUGUUGAGCUAUGUAUUUCAGUAACCCAGGUCACGUACAGGGUUGUUGAGCUAUGUAUUUCAGUAACCCAGGUCACCUACAGGGUUGUUGAACUAUAUAUUUUAGUAACCCAGGUCACCUACAGGGUUGUUGAGCUAUGUAUUUCAGUAACCCAGGGCACUUACAGGGUUGUUGAGCUAUAUUAUAUUUUAGUAACUUAGGGCGCCUACACCUGUCAGAAUAUCACUGAACACAAAUUUGAUGAAAAUUACAAUUUAGUAGAUAUAAUUGCUCAUAAAUGCUAAAAUUUAUAGGAAUUUUUGUGCUUUAACAAGUUAACAUUGCACAACCUGUCUGUAAAAUCGAUUCCAAAUUCAUAGAUAUGAAAUGUCAUAAUAUGUACUGUGACGUUGUUAAGAAGCCAAUAUAACAGACUGUCCUAUACUGUCGUGGGUGUGUCCUUUGUGCAAUUUGGUCUGGAUAGCAUAUGAUGGUUCUCCUGCAUGACAUUCAAUGAAUUAGACACCAGGCAUUCCCAGGAAACCCUGCCUCAAAAUUACCCCUGCUUUUCAUGGAGUGAUUGAACCAACCAACAAACUUACCAUAUAAAUUUCACAUUAUUAUUAACAAAACCACUUGACAAACCUACUAUUGUAUACUGUAGAACAAGGUAAAUACAAAUGAUGCAAAUAAACAGAAAAACAUGCAUACAGAUCCUGGUAUCAAAGCUUAGCAUUUAUAGGUCAUUGAGGGACAGUCUUUGAAAUACACUUCCUGUAACAAAACACCAUAGCCAUAAUGACAAACGCUGAAUAUACAUGUACCUGAGGGGGGUAUAUAGAAUUACUAGGCAUAAAGAGACUAACCACAUAAUAGGCUUCAGGAAUAAUUAAAAGUAUUGAUAUUGCCCCCGGAAACUCUAAUUUAUCUCUAAUUUGUUAUACAUGGCUGAAAUCCUGUACCAUAGUCACAUUACUAAGGAUACAGUGUGAUUGUAGUACAGUAUAUAAAUGUACAUGUCAUCAGUUGCAUUGACUUUCCAGUAGAGAUUUACUGUUAUGGCAUGUCAAUUAUUGAUUCAAAAACAUGUAUAGAUGUGAGGGAGAGGGGAUAUACUAUCCUUGGAUAUAAACUCCUGUUUUAACAUAAAGACAAUCCUCGGUUCACACUCUGUCUUUAUUCCAUAUAUCUACAAAUGAUUUAUAUAAUUCUUUACACAUGUAUCAUAUAUAUUUUGAAAACAUAAUUUAUACAUUUAUUCAUUUAUUCACAUAUCUUCUGUUUAGGCUAAAUGCAAUUCAGUUACGGUUUCGUGGCCUUGGGAACAAGCUUUUACUACCAAGCCUAGCUUCCUGCUGAUUGGUGGAAAUAUUCUUAUUUAUUCUUUCCUUCAUUCAUACAGAGCCUAGCAGUUUUGUUUCAUUCUGUUAUCAGGUAUUGAGUUGUUGGAGAUCUCAAAGCAAGAUUUACAAACUAUUAUUAUUAUUAUUAUUAUUAUUAUAUUCAUAACAGUUGAUCAAUCCUGAAAGUGUUGAGUUUAAUAAGUUUGUUCUGUUUGUUUACAUGAAUUUUAUUGAUUGCAUUGUACAUCACUCGCAGCGCAGAAAUAUUUACACAUAAAGCAUAUUGCUGUGGUGUUACAAACAUUUUGAUGAUUGCUUUGUUUUUGGCUGUGGUGAUAAUGUUAAUAAAAUUUGUUGUAUUUUA